CAACAGCUGGCGGAGGUGUGAAGCGUUGGUUGAGAGCUGGGACAGCAUGCGCGGGAAGCAUUUCUCGCCGUUCCAAAUCGAGCCAAUGAAGGCGAACAAGACAGCCUAGAUUAGAUGAUAAGGAUAUCAUCCGGUGCUUCUCCAUCAUUUUGAGUCAUAUGGCGCUAGGCUGGAUUACACUUAGUGUCCUCUUCUUCCGGCGGAAGACCCUCCGAGUCAUCUCUUCUAUCAUCAUUCUAAGUGUACAAGUAUCCGCAAGACUGUUCUUGUAUCCUCACAAUCCUUGCACAUCUCAAAAUGAGCUCCCAACAGUCCUCGACACCGUCUUCGCGGUUCGCCCUUAUCACACCUCGACUCAUUAUUGUACCUACGCCAUUAGCUAUCUCAAUACCGGCUUAUGUCACUCUUUUCGCGAACCUCCUCGCCGAUACCUCUUUCUGCGAGAUGGGCUUUGGCGACAAGUUUCCUGUAAUGAAGCGCACGCAAGAACAAAUGUAUGAGUCGAUCGCUACACGCGACAUUGCACAGUGUUGGGAGAAGAGAGGAUUGGGCACUUUUGCAGUUGGCUGGCGACCGAAAGAGUGGUCCGAUCAUUCGAUGGGUCGGUCUUUAGAAGAUGCGAGCGAGAAGGUCCGGGUAAUCGACGAGAGCGAGAUGGAUAACGUGUGCCAAAAACUCGGCACCAUCGAAUGGCUAGGCUAUGCAGGCGUCCGAGAUGCAACCACAACCUCGCUUCCCCCACGCGAUGAUUCUGACGAUCUACUACCACCAUGGGAAGAGAUGGUCGAAAUGCUCUACGGUGUUGCGCCAGCGUAUUGGGGUCAGGGUGUAGCUCGUGAGGCCGCAGAAGCAGUUAUGCAGUGGGCGGCGGCGGAGAAGGGCGUGAGAAGGUUCAUCGCCGAGACAGAAAAGCCCAAUGCGAGAAGUGGAAGAGUGUUGGAGAAAAUGGGGUUUAGGAAGAGUGGUACUAAGUAUUGGAAAAAUGAAGAUGAAUUUGAGUGGGAGAGGGACGCUAAGAGCCUUGACUAGGCAGUUUUGUGUUGAGUGCACACAAUCUAGGGUCGUAACGAGCUUAAUGCAGCAAUGUUGCAUUUGUUAUAUCCUUUCUGGUGUCUCCAUCUACUGAUGAGC